UAGUUGUUCAACAUCAUCAAAAGCAAAAGGUAACAACUAUACAGAGGUGCUCAGAGAAAGGAGUGUCAGAUUUUGAGAGCCAGUACAUGUAUCUUUAAGUUUAGAGUUUGAGUCUACAUUAUAGAUAAUACAUACAUGUUUUAAUAAAAUGGUCGACGUACGUUGAUGUCCGCGAGUAAAAUAAUAUAUAAGGUACUUUUUAUUUUUUUAUUUUUAAUAAUAUAAAUAAAUAUAUUUAAUAAAUACGUGGGUUCGGAGUAUGGGAGCAUCAGUAUUGUGAUUGUGCGUGCAGUGACUUGGUUUAUUAAUUUAAACUUACGCUGGUUGGUGACAAUUUGAAUUUUAUAAAUAAAUUUAAAAAUAAAUUUAUUGGCAACAUGGAAAAACGACAGGAAGGACUCGCUCCGUUUUCAUCAGAUGAGUGCCCCAACAGCGGAGAAGACAGUGACGAAGAUGUGAUAACGGAUUACUUGGGCUCGGAAAUAACAGAUUGCAGUCAUGUGUCUGUCGUUAAUGGUGAAUUGGCGAGGAUGAAUCUUGAUGACGGCAGUCAUACUAACGCUGAAUAUACCAAAGAUAAUCCGGAUAUCGUCAUGUCUGAGACCGGAGAAGAUCAACGUCAUCCAGACCCCCCGAGGUUCGAAGUUAACAUUCGCAACCAGAAUCCCCUGGUUCCUAUUAUCAGCGUGACUCCUCAUUCUCCGGGUCUGGCAAAGCAUUACCCCGUUCUAGAAGACAAUCUCCAACAGCUUCAUGAAAUUCACAACAGUAUUCAGCGAAUGCGCGACUUGACACUUUGCACCCUAGGGUACGGGAACCGUUUGCUGCAGAACGAACAAUUACAGCGACUAAGUUCAUCAUGUCCAUCACUCUGUCCUUUGAGUUUGUCAGGCAUCAAAGGACGUACUGGUGAUCGUGGUGGUCCUGGUCCUGGUUCAGAUCCCGAUCUUGCUAAUUGUUCGACCAACAGUUCGCCAACGCAUUUUCCAAAUAACGCUGCUCAAUUACCACCUUCUAUGUUGGGCGUCGAUCGACGUCGCAGUUGGACUGAUCUUGAAGAAACUCGACAUCGUCAUCGGUGUCAAGUUCAAAAUCAUUUACAAGCACAAAAUAUGCGGCAACGCAGCAUCAGUCUGAGUAGUCUAGAUAGCGAAAUGGACCUUGAAUCAGACGGUAAAUCACGUUCCCCUUGUGCAGGAGUUACUAAUAGAUCGUGUAGAUCCCAAACAAGUACUCACUCACUCAACGAAGCCGACCUUGUUCAGAUUGACUUACAGAAGCUCGCGGUCAAAAGAGGCAAUCAAAGGUCAACGGAAACAUCAAACUUACUACCAGGGGUCACAGGAUCACGUUUACCCCUUCAAAAAUCAAUUUCCACGCCAUCAAUCAUCACCCCACCUGGACAAACUUUACUCGCCGAGUCAGGAUCACGCGCACCCCCCUCCUUAGUUGCCAGACGACUUGAAAGAAACGAGAAAGGUAGUGGAAGUGAGACUGAGACUGAGGACCUCCAUACAGCCCAUAGUCAUCACCACCCAUUCCACGAAGACUUAAUACGUCAAGAUUCCGCUAAUGUUCAAGUCUCUCUCGACGAGCUUAUGACCGAUGGAACGGCUUACGAUGAUCAGCACUCGGAAAAAACACGUAGGAAGAGAGGCUCAUUAUUUUUUCGUAAGAAAAAAGACAAGAGUGGGAAGAAACCUAGUCCGCAGUCCCAUCAUUGGAUAACAAUGAAUACUGGGACUCAGGGAACUGUUGUUUGCGAUAUUUGCAUGAAACAGCUCAGCAAUAAAACCAUUAUACAGUGUGAAAUUUGCGGAGCGACGGUACAUCAAAACCAGGCAUGCCGCGAUCAAGCGCCGACGGAAUGUUCAAAGACAAAGAGUACGAAAGGCGCUAUUAAAUCAAUAUCAAAUGUUUCAAUAGCUUCGAGUGUAGGGCACGUAAAACGCGGCUCGACGGCUUCCUUGCCGCCCUCAAGCUCAUCUGGCACCACCAAUCAAAUAAUCAGCGAGGAAAAAGACGGAGAUACUGGACAUCGAGAUAUUGUUAGCGGAUGGGAAGAGUUUGACUUUGGGGAUGACGUACACUUGCUGACAAUCAGCGACAUUGAGGGGCUGGAUCCUGAAUUGAAGUUGGGCGGAGAUGAACCAGAUUCUUGGAGCGCGUCGAUUGGCCGUAGCGAAGCGCUGAGACUUGUUGACAACAAUGACCGUGAAGUAAAACGUCAAGAGCAUAUUUAUGAAUUUGUGCUUACAGAAAAGCAUCACUGUCUUGUACUGCUGGCGAUGGACAGAAUAUUUGCCGAAGGAUUGAGAAGACAUUUUCGUCUGGGCGCGGCAGAUCUAGAGAGAAUGUUUCCGCGGCUGCGUGACCUAAUAGACAUACAUUUGCGUUUUUUAUUAAAGUUACGCAAACGUCAAAGUGCUAAUCCAGUUGUGCCGACAAUAGCUGACAUACUUGUUGAUCAGUUUUCAGAUGAAAACUCGGCGCGUAUGACCAGCGCUUACGGUGAAUUCUGCAGCCGGCAUCGCGAUGCUGUUGAUACUUACAAGUAUUAUUUACGGUUGGACGCAAGAUUUGCACGGUUUGUUAAGCUAUGUCAGACUAAUCCUUUGUUGAAAAAGAAAGGGAUACCAGAAUGUAUUUUAUUUGUAACGCAACGUUUGACAAAGUAUCCAUUGCUCGUUGAACCGUUGAUAAAAACGGGUACAGUUAAUGAGGAAAAAGAAAACCUACGGCAGGCAUUAAAUCUUGUCAAGCAGAUACUCGGCGACGUUGAUGCCUGCGUCGCUGACAAGGAACGCGAGGACAGAAAACUAGAGAUCUACAAUCGCAUUGACGCCAAAUCAUUUGCUCAUCAUCGCGGUGUUAAAUUUAAAAAAUCAGAUCUUAUGGCGUUUAAUCGGGUUCUGAAGUUUGAAGGAACUGCGUAUCUGAUGCAGGGCCGGGGAAAAAUGGUACCAGUUACCGUAGUAGUGUUGUCAGAUGUAUUGCUAUUUUUAGCUGAAACACGAGAUCAAAAGUAUGCUUUCUUUGUACCUGAUAAUAAAGCCGGUGUUGUGUCAUUGCAAAAGCUAUUGGUCCGUGAAAAGGCUGGUCAGGAAUCUCGUAGUAUCUAUGUAAUCAGUAGCAGUCCCUCUGAGCCAGAAAUGUUUGAGCUUAAAGUACAGAAACCGAAAGACAAACAUUUGUGGAUAACGGCAAUACGUUCAGCUGUUGAGGCUUGCCCACAGGACUACGAAAAUGACGCUCUUGAUGAAGGCUCUAUUGGUGACAUACCCGGUACUAGGUCAUCAUCAGCUUCCACUUUGUCUAUUGACGAACGACAGCGUAUUGCUAAAGCCAAGGAGACUCAUAUACUGCGAAUAAUAAGUGAGUUGAGGAAAAAAGACACCGAGCAAGCGCUUUUGUUGGAGGAAAAAAUGGCUCUGCAGAUGAGGCUGGUCUAUGAAGCCAGCGAAGGCAACGAAAAUGACAAUGAAACAGAAAAAUCUGAGCGCAAUGAAAAUACGCCCGAUUACACGCGACUCUGUCGCGGUGAUGGUUCAGAUUCGUCGCAAGUGUGGCAAGAGGUUGUAGUGGCGGUACAAGAAGCGACGCGUCUUGCAAGUUCUUUGUCAUAUGGAGCCGGCGGCGGUUCAUUGUCACGAAGUUUGAGCUCUGCUGGUGAACGACAUAGUGAAGCUUAUAUACCUCCAGCUCUUUGUAUUCCACGGCGGGCAGAAACUUUUGCUGGGUUCGAUAACAAUAAUAAAGAACGAUAUCCAUGGCGAGAUUCAGCUGCGCUACAUUCCGUUAUGACUCCACCGAAAACAAGCGAAUUUGUAAAAGAAACAGAAAACAAAAAAGAGGGUGAUGCUCAUGAAGUAAACAGAGAUCAGCAAUUGGCGGCAAUAAGGCUUUCGCACUACAUAUACACGUUACUCUGCAUAAUCAGUAAUCAGAUGACAACAAUAGACAGCCUACAUGCCCAAUUGGCAGCGUGCAAAGACGGAGGAGGUAAAUCGACCAACAACCGGCCGAAUCCUAACCGUCAGCUGGAGGAGCUGAGAAACUUGCAAGACCAGUUGAGUCGCGAGAAAGCUGCGUUCCGGGCGGCCACCCAGCAAGAACGGAAGGAGUUGUCCGAAGAGCGUGCGGAAUUAACGCGGCUGAGGGAACAAGUUGCUGCGGAGCAGCUGGACGUGACAAACCAACGUGAUCAAUUAUAUCGACGACUCGAGGCAUUGGAACGCUCGGGUGUCGUGACAACUCCAACAGUUUGUUCAAAUGCAACUCACGUGUCACACGUCAGCCAGUCCAGCGACACUCUUCAGUCACGCAAGUCGUUGCCCGACGCAAAAAGAAUACCCUUGAACUUAAUCAGUGCUACUAAUCAACAGAAAGCACCAAGCAAUCUGCCACCUGUUAAACAACAAUUGCCACUUAAACUCGCUAGCGGCACCAACAACAAUAGUACAAGGAGUGCCAGCACCGGAUCUAAUAACAGCCCGGAUCGUCACUCAAGGACGAGUAGUAGCCCCGCCGCAGUGGUCACCAGUUCGGCCUACUCAUCUCCAGAAUUGGGUCACAAUCAUUAUCUCCACCAUCAUCAACAUCAGCACCAGCACCAGCAUCAUAACAAUGGAAACCACUCAUUACUAUCAUUAUCCUCAUCCUUAUCACCUAAUCGCUCGACUCGCAGCACCCGGUCAUCAGCGGAAUCAUAUCACCAGCAACCGCAACCCCAGCAGCAACAACCGCUGGCACCGCAACCACAUCAACAGCGUGCAGAGCCGCAGCAACCACUCGAAGAGGAAGUUAUUUUUUUCUGACGAUUCUUUCGGUUUGGUCGUAAACACAGCCGACCACCCCGCGCAUCGACAAACGCACCCGGGACACCCACCUCGACGCCAACUCCAUCCCGCAGCCCGUCUAAAGAGGCCCAAUCACGAAGCCGGGUUAAAUCAUUUUGACUUCCAAUAUUUAAAACUGAUAGUUAAUGUAUUGUACAGUAAAUAAGGUCAGUGAGUUUUUUUAUUAUUUUAGUUAUUUUGGUACUGACGUUAAUUAACUGAUGGAUAAUUUGCUUUUGCAAAUUAUGUGGGUGGUUUAUUUUUUAAAUUUACGAUUUAUCAGCCUUGGCUUUUAUUAAAAUUAUAGUAAACAAACAUAAAUAAUAAUAAUAAUGAUUUUGAAUAAUCCAUGGUUUUAAAUCAGUAAAAAAAGUCGCAACUGAACCGAAUUGAUAGUUUAAUAAUAAUAAUAAUAAUUAAGUAUUUAAAAUGAGUAUUAAUUAACCGUUUUGGUAAUUAGUUUAGAUCAUCUUGUUGCUUACCCUGUUAAAUCGACUGAAAGUUUCUUGAUAUACAGAUGACAAAAAUCCACAGAGUCGAUAAUUGUUGAAAAUUAUAAUAAAUAUUUGAAAUAAAAAUAUAAAUUUUUGGAGUAAUGAAACAUGAUCAGUAAUCAUACAAAUAAAUAAAUAUAAAAAUACUUGGAAAGUUAUUAUAUAUAUAUUUAUGCCGCUUUAUAAUUUAUGUAUGUACAUAUAUAUACUGGCAUAUAUAUGUAUGUGGAAUAAAAAUUUUUCUAUCGCCUUACUCUGUAAUUACGACUGUAAUGAUUAUUGAUUAUUAUUAUUAUUAUUUAAAAUUAUUGCUAUGAUUGCAAAUAAAAAUAAAAAUUUUUUUUUUGUAAAAGAGAACGCGGGUAUUUAGCAGACAGAGUAAUUAUUUUUUAAAUAAAUUUUAAAGAAAAAAUAAUAGAGAGCGAUGAUGAUCGAUACAUAUUACAGUAUUAAAAAAAGUAUAUAAAUAUAUAUAUAUGAUGAACGCACUGUUUAACGAAUUGAGGCAAUCAUUAUUUUAAAUCCAGCGUAAUGAUAAUCGAUUACUUCCAGCUAUGAUUUAAUGCAUUUAUUAAUCAAGACUUGACAAUUAUUACCAAUUAAAUUUAAUUAUUAAUUUUCAAUAUUUUGUACAUCGGAAUUCGGGUGUCGAUGGAGAGAAAUUAUACCCGUGAUAUUGAAGGCAGCAGACCUAUGGUUUUUUAUAAACAAAUUACUUAUUAUUAUUGAUUAAUAUAAAUCUAAAGGGUUUAAUAUUUGACCGGAGGAAAAAAUUUAUGGCAAUAUAAAAAUUUAAUUUAUUUAAAAAAAAAAAUUCAAGUGUCUGCUGCUUUCGCUUCCAAAAAAAUCUACAGAAAGGAAUUAAAAUUAAUAAAUAAAAAAACAAAUUCUUUAUCAUCGAAUGUUAGAGUAAUUGCGAUCAGGCAACGAAUCUGCCUCUCAAUCAGUACUAACUUUAAAACUUAAUUUAUAUUUAUUUUGACUAUUCCGCGCACGCUCCUCUAAAGACAAGAGUAACUGAUAAAAAAAUGAAUAUAUUUAUGUAUAAAAUAAGCUCACUUAUAUUGCAUUUAAUUUAAAAAAUGAAUAAUCAGGAUUAAGAAUGGAAAUUUGCCAAUGGAGAGGAGUAAUCCUCAGUUCCUUAUUUAUUAAUUAUUAUUUAUAAUUACGACAAUAAAUGAAUAAUAAUAAAUGAGGAUUGGGAAAGGCUGGCUUAUCCACUGCCAUUUGUUAUUUUAUUAUUUUAUAAGUUUAUAAUUUUAUUUAUUAUUAUCAUUGUCAUUGUAAUUAUAUUAUUGCAGAAAUCACGAUCGACAUCAAAAGACAUUUAUUAGAUUCAUUAAUUUUUUUUCAAUUAAUAAAAAUAAAUAAUGAGUGUAUGUAGCAGACAUCAGACAAAUUUAAAAUUAUUAAUAAAUAGAGUAAAUAAUUAAAAAAAAUAAUAUUUAUAAAAAAUGCACUUACUAAUUUGAAAAUUUUUUAAAAUUUUAUUUUAUUAAUUAUUUAUUCUAUUAAUUAAUAAUUUUAAAUUUGAUGUCUUCUACAUUGACACUCAUAAAAAAAUAUCGUUUUCUUGAUUUAAUUUAAUAAAAAAUUAUUUUAUUACGGUAAUGAGACUGAUAGCAUGACAGCUAAGGGAAUUUGUAAAUUUUAAUAAAGAAUUUAAUUAUAAAAUAGUGGGAAAAAUUUGUGGGAUAUUUUAGUCAUCAGAAGGGCAAUUUUUAAAAAUAAAUUCUGUAAGAAUUUGAAAAUAUAAAAAUUGUAAAAAAAAAAUGAUUGUCCUGAUAUUGGUCUCGUUAUCCUACAAUGCUAUAGUGCAAUACUGAUUUAAAUAAUAAACGAAUAAAAGAUAAUAUUUAUAAACAUAAUCUGAGAAAACGAUCCGUACUUAAUUAUACGUAAUUACUGUAUUAAAUAUUAUUAAAUAAAAAAACUGUGCGAAUAACUUACGAAUUAUUUGUGUCAAAUAGAAUAAUUAAAUUUAUUAAUAAUUCAAAAAUUCAAAUUCGUAAGCUUCCAAAGUAUUUGUAAAUUUUUUAUAAUUAAUUAUAAAUUAUAUAAAAAUUUUUCAAAGUCAAAAUUAUCAUUCUAAUAAAAUAAUACGAAAAUUUACUUGCGCGAACUUGUCCCAGGAAGAGAAUGAACUUCAGAAGUCCCCUACUACUGAUUAUUUCUAAACUGCGCAUGCGUAAGAAAAAAUGGGGGGAAAUUUAGUACAUGAAAAUCUCAGUGGGAGUAAAAAUCGAAAACACCCGAAGUACAUCCUUCUGUCAGGAUGAUUUUAAAAACUAACGAAGAAUUUGAAAACUUACAAGUAAUUUGAAUUUUUAAAUUUAUUUUAUUCGAUUUAAAAAAUAUUCGCACAUUUUUUAAAAAUAACAAUUAUAAUUAACAGUAAUUGUUAUACAAUAAUAAUAAUAUAAAUAUUAAUAAUAAUAAUUAUAAUAAUAACUCUGAUAAAAUCAAUCGUGGUGACAAUAGAAUUUUACCGUUAUACCGUAAAUUUAUCGGUUGUAAAAGAAUAAUUAAUAAAUAAUAAAUAUAAAAUGUAUGUAUCGUGAUAUGUUGAUAAAAAAAUAUUGUUAUUGCAUUGUUGUAUGUACUUUGUAUAAGUGAAUGUUGUAUGUGAACAUAUAUAAGUUUAAAAAAAGAAAUUGUAUUUAAUAAUUGAUAAUUAAUAAUUAAUAUUAGACUUAAAUAUCAUUUAAGAAGACUUCCGGCAGAGGAUAUGGCAAAAGUCAUUAUAUUAUUCUAGUACUGUAAUAAAAAAAAAAAUAAAUUAAUGAGAGGAAGAUGAAAAAAUGAAAUGAAACUAAAAUACUGGCUCAAGUAGUUUCUUGUGCUCAUGAAGUUUAAUAAACAAAACUCUUUGCCGCAAUUAAUUAUAAUUGUAAUUGUAAUUAAGUAUAUACAUGUUGUUUCAUGCUGAUGUGUAAUUAAUCGACACUCGUUAAUUAAUAUAAUUAUACAACUAAAUUGUUGAUGUAAAUGCCGAUUUGUAAACUCGGUACUGUUGAAACGUUGGAUAUGUCUACGGCCUACUAUACAUUUUAUUAAAAAAUUA